AAAGAAUCGAUUUCAUCGAAAUUCAAGCAUCUCGAUCGAAACUACGGUCCAGUUGAUGUUCCAAAUGCUUCAGAACACUAUCUAUUCUUUUUCUUCUUUCAAAUAAACAGAAGGAAAGAAAGUGUUCUGGAGCGAUUUGUCGUAAUAAGAGAGUUCUUAGUAAAUAUCGUGCAGAAUUUAAUUGUUUAUUAAUAAUUAGAUCGAUUUAUUGAAGAAGACAUGUCGGGUUCCACUGCAAACCGAGCUGCAACUCCAAUAAUAAAACUUAUUCAAGCUAUUUGUCGAGGUAGGAAGGCUGUGAUAUUUACUAGAUUUGCUAAUGAACAAUCUAAGCGUACUCAACCUCCACCACAUGUACCGGGAGGUCCUUACGACAAAACUUCUCAAAUUUAUUAUUACACUCGUGAUGGGAGACGAGAAGUUCAGCCACCAAUGUUGAUCAGCGGAUCGAAACAAAUUGGUACAGAAAGUAAAUCCUCUCAGGAAUAUUGUACGCCAGGAAAAGCAUAUAACUGGGACUCUUAAUUCUAGAACUAAGUAGCAUCGGAUCUAAUGUCGCAAAUCAAUUGAUGUAAUAAUAACGUUUAAUAAUAGGUUUGCUGACGCAGUUAUUGUACAUAGAAAAUAAAGUAAUAUACUUAUUGUGCAA